AUGAAUCUGAAUCCAGCAAGAGCUCUGUUCCGGCCCAGGAUCCUCCCAUUCUUGUCCAAGUCCGCUGUCCUGCCACGAGCCCCAUCCAUCGCCCACGUCCGAGCCAUGUCCGAGUACAAGCUCAAGAACGUGACGUCGCUGUCGCUGAAGCCCGGCGAGAAGCAGGAGGUCGAGGUCGAGGGCAUUGACGACGCCAAGGUCCUACUUGUCAACGCCGCCGGCAAGAUCCAGGCCAUCGGCCCCAAGUGCACACACUACGGCGCCCCUCUCGUCAAGGGCGUCUUGACCAAGUCUGGUCGCAUCACCUGUCCAUGGCACGGAGCGUGCUUCAGCGCGAAGACGGGCGAUGUCGAGGACGCACCCGCGCUGGACUCUCUGCCAGUCUUCAAGGUAGUUGAGAGGGAUGGUGCGAUUUUCAUCCAGGGCGAGGAGGCAACAAUCAAGGCGGGCCGCCGCAAACCCAACGUCAAAACUGCCGGUGUCGAGGCCACGAGCGACCGCGUCCUCGUCGUCGGUGGGGGCAGCGGUGCCAUCGGACUCAUCCAGACCCUGAGAGAAAGCGGUUACGGCGGCCGCGUCACCAUGAUCAGCAACGAAGGCAACCUGCCCCUCGACCGCACGAAGCUGUCCAAAGCUCUGAUUUCGGACGCCUCAAAAUUGGAGUGGAGAGACGAGGAGUGGUACAAGGGCGCCUCGGUUGAGGUGGUUCAGGACGAGGUCACCGACGUGGAUUUCUCCGCCAAGUCGGUCACGACCAAGGGCGCGGGCAAGUUCAGCUACAACAAGCUGGUUUUGGCCACUGGUGGCACGCCCAAGAACCUACCCCUGCAAGGCUUCAAGGUGCUGGGCAACAUAUUCCCUCUGCGGACCGUGAAGGACACCAAGGCCAUCAACGAGGCCAUCGGCGACAAGGGCAAGAAGAUCGUCAUUGUCGGAAGCAGUUUCAUCGGAAUGGAGGUUGCAAACGCCACCUCUAGCGAUAACUCCGUCACGGUCAUCGGCAUGGAGAGUGUGCCACUGGAACGAGUCCUCGGCAAGGAGGUCGGUGCUGGUCUGCAGAAGUCUUUGGAGGGCAAGGGUGUCAAGUUCCACAUGAGCGCGGGCGUGGACAAGGCCGAGCCCUCGGGCUCCGACCCCUCGAAAGUCGGCUCUGUCCUGCUCAAGGAUGGAACCAAGCUCGAAGCCGACUUGGUCAUCCUCGGUGUCGGUGUGUCACCUUCUACCGAGUAUCUGAGACAGAACAGCGUGGUCCGCCUGGAAGACGACGGAUCCCUGAAGACAGACGAGAACAUGUCCGUCGUGGGACUGAAGGAUGUCUACGCCAUUGGUGACAUUGCCUCGUUCCCCUACCACGGCCCGGGAGGCGAGGGCAAGUACGUUCGCAUCGAGCACUGGAAUGUGGCCCAGCAGUCAGGACGCGUGGUUGCGCGACAUGUCGUCAACCCGUCGCUCAAGCCCGAGAGAUUCACACCCAUCUUCUGGUCAGCCCUGGGCGCCCAACUGCGCUACUGUGGCAACACAUUGAACGGCUACGAUGAUUUGAUUGUUGACGGUAAGCCGGAGGAGAGCAACUUUGUGGCGUACUACACCAAGGGCGACAUUGUUGUCGCACUGGCCAGCAUGGGCCGUGAUCCCGUGAUGGUGCAGGCGGCCGAGCUGAUGAGACGCGACAAGAUGCCGUCCAAGAGCGAGAUCAAGGGCGGCUUGGAUAUUAUAACUUUGCUCAAACAUUUUGACUUUUAUGGCGCGGCGAAGCAACCACUGAGCAACUAUCUGGACCAAUUUUGGACUGGGACUAGGAGAGUCCAGGUAUCAUUCGACGAUAACAUUGCUUACAACAGUAACUUAAGGAAGACGGCUUGA